CUGAUCUCCCUAGGUAUCUAUAGACAUCUAUAUUUACAGUAUCUAUAUUGAAUAUCCAAUUCCGCGUCACUUCUCCCUUCGAUCAUUGGAUUCUACGAGCACUCUAUCCCAUCUCAUCAUUCUUCAACUACCCCUCAAAGAGUAUUUUCCCAAGCGAGAAGUUCGCUCUUCGCAAACGUCCAAUUUCGGCCGAUAGUUCUUCAACAAGCACGAGUAGCUACCUAGGCACGCGUAGUUGGUGGUGGGUACAAGUGAGUGAGUGAGUGAGUGAGUGAAAGAACAGAGACAAAGAGGAUACAGCACUCAAAAGGGUUAAUUGUCAAGUGUACUCGAGUACUUCGUAGCAUACGCAAAAUGGCCUUACGAACCUACCUAUCAAAGUAAUAACUUUUUCGUGUUGAUGAUACGUUUCCAUCAUCCACCAAGGUAUCUCUAUCUACAUAGUACUUAGUACUACCUGCCUUCAGACCUACCUAUCGGGUACAAUAUAAAUAAAUAAAACCCUUUGUCAUUUGUUCUCAUUUCACCAACCUUCUACGAAAAGCUCUACGAAAGGCCCAGUCCAAAAAACAAAAAACAAAAGCUUCAGUCACAAUUUUACACAACCAUUCUCCUACGUACGAGUACACCUAUUCACAUUACACAAACCAAUAACCCCCCUGCAAGCGUUAUUAUAUGGGUAUCGUCGUACUAGUACCAUAUCGACCCCCAAAUUUCGACACAGCUUUUCUCUGCCGCCCUUGGAUCUAGCAAACAAAUUGACACCCCACCAAACUCCUACUUCAUCGAAUCGUAACACAAUUCACAUCCUACCUUCUUUCUUGCCAUUUCCUCCUCCAUAGUUGCGAUUCAUGUCGACCUACCUCCUCUAACGUCCCACAAGCAAAUUCUUGUGUUACCCCUAGAGCUUCUAUUCCUUACCUUGGAGUGCGUACCUGCAUAUCGGAAUCUUGAGAAUACUCCAAAUCGAAGGUGCGACAGGCUCCUAGUGAGAGGGUAACAGAUAUGGCGUGGCAGCCAGAACAGGAGGCUUUGAGGCAAUUGUCAGGAUGCUUGAAAGACUCGUUAAGUGGGCAGGACAAGACUGCUCAGAAGCAAGCAGAGAUUAUGCUAUCUCAAGCAAAGUCUUCGCCAGACAUCAACAACUACCUGACAUACCUAUUUUCGCAUUCGGAGGUUCCUUCGGGCCUAAAUUACACUUCACAUGAUUACUUUGCGAUUCGAUCGGCAGCAGCUGUUAUGCUGAAGAAUAACAUUAGAUCUGGGUACAAAUCGAUACCUCCUGAGAGUCUAUCUCUCAUACAAACUUCGGUUCCAUUAGCCCUUCAAGACAAAAUCCCAACCAUACGAAACUACGCCGGAAAUGUUAUUACAGAAAUAGUUAGUAAGGGAGGUAUUUUGGGAUGGCCACAGAUUUUGCCAGAUUUGUUGGCUUUGAUUGGGAAUACCAGUGGAACAAUUUCACCAGAAGCACAGGAGGGAGCCAUGGCAGCUUUGUCGAAGAUCUGUGAAGAUAAUCGAAAAAUGCUAGACAAGGAAUAUCAAGGACAGCGACCGCUUGCCUUCAUCAUUCCAAAACUUAUUGUGUUCGCCGCAAAUGAGAGGCCACGAAUUCGAACUUUGGCUUUGACCGCUUUGAAUAUUUUCAUUCCACACAAACCCCAAGCCUUACUUAUUUCUUUGGAUGAUCUACUUAACCGCCUGUUUCAACUCGCCAGUGAUCCCUCAAAUGAAGUUAGGCGACAGGUCUGCAGAGCCUUUGUUCAGAUUGUGGAGAUCCGACCUGAUAAGAUUCUUCCUCAUAUUGGCGGAUUGGUUGAUUAUAUGAUAGCACAGCAACGAAAAGUUGAUGACGAGGAGUUGGCAUGCGACGCCGCCGAAUUUUGGCUCAGUGUCGGGGAGCACAAUGAGUUAUACACUGCAUUGGGUCCAUACCUUGACAAAAUUAUACCUGUGCUACUCGAGAGUAUGAUAUACAGUGAGGAAGAUAUUGCCAUGCUUGAAGGUGGAGGCGAUGAUGCCGAUGUCGAGGACCGCGCCGAGGACAUCAAACCUAAGUUCGCCAAAACAAAAGCUGCCAGAAUGCAAGCGGCAAAUGGGGACAACAAUGGAGCGGCAAAUGGUGUUGAUUACACUAAACUCGCAGGCAUGGAAAAUGAUGAUGACCUUGAUGAAGGGGAAAUCGAGGACGAUGACGACGAUGAGGCCCCUGAAGACAGGUGGAAUUUGAGAAAGUGUUCAGCUGCGGCACUUGACGUUUUUGCAAACGAUUUCCGCGGACCAGUCUUUAACACGAUUCUUCCAUACUUGAUGACCAACCUACGACAUCAGGAAUGGCCACACCGAGAAGCAGCGGUUCUCGCUCUCGGUGCCGUUGCUGAAGGCUGUAUGGACGUUGUAAGACCACAUCUUCCCGAACUGGUACCCUACCUGAUCUCACUCUUGAAUGAUGCCGAACCGUUGGUUAGGCAAAUUACCUGCUGGACCCUCGGUAGAUACUCGGCUUGGGGGGCUGGGCUUGAAGACCCGAACCAACGAGCACAGUAUUUUGAGCCGAUGAUGGAAGGUAUUCUGACAAAGAUGUUGGACCGCAACAAGAGGGUUCAAGAAGCCGGUGCUUCAGCAUUCGCACAUCUCGAAGAGAAAGCAGGUACCAACCUCACGCCGUAUUGCAAGCCAAUCAUUCAGCAAUUUGUCACGUGUUUUGAGAAAUACAAGGAUCGUAACAUGUUCAUUCUGUACGACUGCGUUCAAACACUAGCCGAGCACGUAGGCCAAGGUUUGGCGCAACCAGAGCUCAUUGAUUUAUUGAUGCCAGCACUGAUAAACAGAUGGCACAAAGUUUCUGAUCAAUCACGAGAAUUAUUCCCACUCUUAGAAUGCUUGUCGUACGUCGCUACUGCUUUGGAAGAUAGCUUCGCCCCAUUUGCCGCCCCCGUUUUCACGAGAUGUGUGACAAUCAUUCAUCAAAACCUGGAAGAAUUCAUGGCGGCGGCCAAUAAUCCAGGGUUAGAUACUCCGGACAAGGAUUUCAUGGUAACUAGUUUGGAUUUAUUGAGCGCGAUUAUCCAAGCAGUUGACGAUAAGCAAUCUGCAGCGCUCGUAUCCGGUUCGCAGCCCCAACUUUUUCAACUUCUCGUAUAUUGCAUGGAGGAUCCAGAGAACGAUGUCCGCCAAUCAUCCUACGCAUUAUUAGGAGAUUGUGCAAAAUACGUGUUUCCACAACUACGAGAAUUCCUCCCCACGCUACUCCCUGUGCUCAUUAGUCAACUCGACCUUGAUUCAAUUGUUGAUGAGCAGAUUGAGUCGACCUUUAGCGUACUCAACAAUGCAUGCUGGUCGGCAGGUGAGGUGGCAAUUCAAUACCAAAAAGAUAUGGCCCCAUACGUGCCCAAACUGUCCGAAAAAUUCCUCGAAAUACUGUCCAAUCCAAUGGUACCAAAGUCGAUGAACGAGAAUGCAGCUAUAGCUCUAGGACGGAUGGGCUUGUUCAACGCUGAGAUCCUGUCACCCCACUUGGCCACCUUUUCUCAACCAUUUCUUAAGGCUCUCGAAGAUGUUGAUCACACCCUGGAAAAGGCUACUGCUUUCAAGGGCUUCUUGUCGAUUGUCAUGUUAAAUCCACAAGCCAUGGAGAAAACUUUGGCCCAAUUUGUCACUGCAAUUGCAAAAUACGGAAAGGAUGUUGAACCCGGCAGUACUUGGAACGUCGAACUACAACAAGCAUUCCAACAAGUCCUCGAUGUUUAUAAGGGUCUAAUUCCGGAUUUCAAUGCCUUCCUCAAUAGCAAUGUUGCUCCAGCAAAUAUCGCAGCUUUAAGAUCAACAUACAACCUGUAAAUAUCUAUAUGGACAGGAUGACCUUCGGGUCAGUGCGAAAAUCCAAGGUAUAUUGCAAUCUGAGAAUUGAAAUGUUUUACAAUUUAGGCAGAUGGGCCUACAUGGGAUAGGGAAUGAUUGAAGAUGAAUGCAAGCUGAUAGGUUGCAAUUUGAUGAGGAAAAGAAAAGGUCAAACAACAAGCAUGCAGGAGCUCGAGGGCAAAUUAUGCAUGGAAUAUUUGUAUUUACAAAAGAGAUUCAACGUGAGGAAGAUUACGUUUUAAGGGAUGGAUGGAUGGAUGGAUACUGAUGAUUAAAGCGAAUGGGAUGAUUGGCGGUUUGGAAGAACGAUGAUUGAAGGAUGGGAAUCCAUAUGGGUUGAAAGAGGAAAAUAGCAUACUACAUUCUGGCAAAAGAGAUGGCAUGGCGAUCGAUUUUUCUUCUUUCUUUCUUGAUUUCUUUCAACUUUGUCCUUGAGAAGGUGUGGAACACUGGUAGGGUGUUGUGGGUUGGGCGGAUAAUAGCCCUAAGGACAUGUCAUGCAUAGUCAUGGGUGGAUAAAUGGGAAGUGGGAUGGAUGGAUGAAAAUGCAAGUAAGCAAAAACAAUUAGAUAGAUAUACUUGAUCUUGAUACCUCUUCUUGGGGCUUUAAAUUCUGGGGGGAGAAGUGAACGAAAACAUGGUCAUCGAGAAAGUGAAGAGGUACAGGUGGGCAAAAAAUGCUUUGAAUGGGAUGGGCGAAGGGAGACAUAUUUUGCAACAAGCAUAGCGUUGAGACGGGUAUGUUUUUGGCGAUGGGUUAUUAUUUAGGUAGAUAGAUGAAGUAGAUAGAUAGCAUAUAGUUGGGGAGCGAAUAGUAUAUAUUAGUUUAGAGGGAGAUCUUUGAAACGUUUGUUGAUUGAUUGAAAUUUGAAGGGUACGAGUUUAGAGUGAUGGUAACGUGAAUGUAAAUGUAUAAGUUGAAGGGUAGGUGAGGGUGAGA